UUGCCCCGAUGUCUUACAGGGAUUUGCGAAAUUUCAGCGAAGCCAUGCGCGUGCUGGGGUUCCCGGAGCCGAUCUCGCUGGAGAGCUUCCGAAGCCCCAACUGGGCGCUGCUGGAGGCCUGCUUGCGUUGGCUGGCGGCGCGCGUGGAGCCCGACGCGGCGCUGGCGGGCGGCGCCGCCUCCGUCGACCAGCGGGUUGCCAUGGUCACGCAUGCGGUCGCGCUCUUUCAUUCUCGCGCGAACCUCAAGCUGAACGGCAAAAGGCUGUAUGGCGCGGACGGCUGGGCGGUGCGCGAGCUGCUGAAGGCGGCAGGACUGCUGCGGGCGGCCCUGGAGGCGCCGCCGCCCGACGACCACCAGCCCGACGGCUCCGCGCUGCACUACGACGUCACCAACCGGCUAGGAGAAAUAAAACUGGCCCGGUCAUUAGCGACAGAUAUCACUGCGCAGGGCGCUUUCCUCUACGAUUUGCUGGCCAAAGAGGCAGAAAAUAAGGAGGUCCGCGAGCAAGCACUAUCGCGUCCGCUGGACAUGUCGGCGAUGGAGGCGAGCCUGAGACGCGCGCUGGAGUCGGCGGGGGGACAGCUGUCGGCGGCGCGCGAGCAGAUCGCCAACGUAGCCGCGAGCGAGGCCGCGCUCGACGCCAAGCUCGAGCGCCGACGCGCUGAGCUGCUCAGAGCAGAGAAACGGCUGCACACCGUGCAGAAGAUCAAACCAGCUUACGCAGGCGAGCUGGCGGCACUCGAGAGCGAGAUCGAGCAGCUGUGGGAGCAGUACGUGCUGCGCUACCGCUGCGUGGAGGCGCUCAAGCACCAGCUCAGCGUCUUGGAGAGCGCGCAGGCCGAGGCAGCAGAGGAACAACAGGCGGCGAUCAUGCAGCUCAUCCACAAGUACGAAGCGGAGGAUGUUUUGGGAAAACUAAGCGAUUCCGAUGAAAUGGACUCCAGUGACGAAGGUAAAGACCUGAGCGAAGUGAAGCAGCCCAGACCAGCCACGAGACCCAAAACUAGGCUCAGAAUCAAAACUGCAGGCGCAGGCGCGGCGGAGGCUCGGCGAGCGUUCGGCAGCAUGGCGGCGCGCGACUCGCUGGACGAAAUCCGCGACGAGGACGACUCGCGAUCAGACUCCGACCUCUCCGACGCGCAGCUCUACGCCGGCGGUGACGUGCCGGCGCGAUGGUCGCGCGCUCGUCCGCGGCCCGCCACGCGCACACUAGCUGCCGCCGACGACGACGACUUCGCCGACCUCAUCGAGGGCGUGGAGGGCUCGGGGGCGGAGUCGCUGGGCAGCUCGUCGGAGAGCGAGCUGCGGCUGACGAGCGCGCGGCCCAGCGCGGCGCCCAUCAGUGCCUCCGCGCUUUCUGACAAUGAGUUCUAA